CGUGGUAAAAAAAAGGUCAAAAGUUUCGCGGGAAAUAACAACAUGGAGGACGAAGUGACAGCGCCUCCGCUCCCAGAGUCUGUGCAAUGUCCCGUUUGCUCCAAAGGGUUCAAACCUUCAAAGAUUAACGCACAUCUCGACAGAUGCCUUCAAGAUGACGUCGGCCGCUGUCCGUCCACCAUGGACGAGGGAAGACCACCUCUUAAGAAACCCCGCGUUACUACUGCCUCACCUCCACCCGUACCUGUCAGUAGGCCUACAGCCAAUGGGACCCCGACCCGUGGGCUACGAGGUACGUCCUCUACCGUAUUCUCCCUGUUUCAGAACAAAAAACAAAACGUUUCAGUUCAAGGUGAACGCAGUCCAUCCUUUUCCGAGGAACUACAACAACCACCACCUUCUUCUUCAUCAGCGGUCAGCAGGGGUGUUAAACGCACCGCUCCAGGUGAUAUCGAACCAGGGCAGCCAGAUGCUGAUCCCACUAUGCUGCCCAGUCCACCCAGUUCACAAUUAACCUUAGUGAAGACGUCUACGGAAGCCGUGCCGUCCCGGACCUUUCUGACCACAGACAAGCCCUUAGCGGAGACACUGCGACCCAAAACGCUGGAGGAGUACUUUGGACAGAACAAAGUUGUAGGAGAGCAUACCCUCCUCCGCUCACUGCUGGAGUCACAAGACAUCCCCUCGUUGAUCCUAUGGGGACCCCCAGGAUGCGGAAAGACCACUCUUGCUCACAUCAUAGCCAGCAAGAGCAAGCAGAAGGGAACUGUGCGCUUUGUGAAGCUCUCCGCCACCAGUGCGUCCACCAGCGACGUGAGAGAGGUGAUCAAGCAGGCGCAGAACGAACUCCGACUCUGCAAGAGGAGAACCAUCCUGUUCAUCGAUGAGAUCCACCGCUUCAAUAAGUCCCAGCAGGACACCUUCCUCCCUCACGUGGAGUGCGGCACCGUGACCCUGAUCGGGGCGACCACGGAGAACCCCUCCUUCCAGGUGAACUCUGCGCUGCUGAGCCGCUGCAGGGUGCUGGUGCUGGAGAAGCUCUCUGUGGAGGCCAUGGGCUCCAUCCUGCAGCGGGCCGUGGUCUCCCUGGGGGUCCACGUGCUGGGGGACGGGGAGCAGGCCGGGGACCUGGAGGAGCGCCCCGAUGAUGGAGCCCAACCGCAGGUGUACAUCGAGCAGAGGGCUCUGGACACCGUGGCCCACCUGUGUGACGGAGACGCCCGCGCUGGGCUCAACGGGCUGCAGAUGGCCCUCCAGGCGCGGGUGGGCGGGGCCCCUUCAGGGAGGGUCGUGGUGCAGGAGAAGCACGUCAAGGAGGGGCUGCAGAGGUCCCACAUCCUCUAUGACAAAGCAGGCGAAGAGCACUUCAACUGCAUCUCGGCGCUGCAUAAGUCCAUGAGGGGCUCCCACGAGAACGCCUCUCUCUACUGGCUGGCCCGUAUGCUGGAAGGGGGGGAGGACCCCCUGUAUGUGGCCCGCAGGCUGGUCCGCUUCGCCAGCGAGGACGUGGGUCUGGCAGAUCCCUUGGCCCUGCCCCAGGCUGUGUCUGCCUACCAGGCCUGUCACUUCAUCGGCAUGCCCGAGUGUGAGGUGAUCCUCGCCCAAUGCGCUGUGUACCUGGCCCGCGCCCCCAAGUCUGUGGAGGUCUACAAGGCCUACAGCAACGUGAAGGCCUCCCUGAGGACCCACAAGGGGCCCCUGCCCUCGGUGCCCCUCCACCUGCGCAACGCCUCCACCAAGCUCAUGAGGGAGCUAGGCUACGCUAAGGGCUACAAGUACAACCCCGCGUUCAGCUCACCGGCGGAGCAGGAGUACCUCCCCGAGGAGCUCAGGGGAGUGGACUUCUUCACCUGGACUCCCUCUGAAUGAGCUAGAGUCGCGUGUGUGCGUGUGUGCUUGCACACGCUGUAAACUAAUUCAGAAUUCUGGUCAUGUUGAUGUUUAUGUACACAUUGUUGUGUACAUAAUGAUGUGUGUUUCAUGUGGAGAUGUUUGUCUUUUUUGUAAAAUCAUUAAAACCGACAUGAGUCAAA